GCUCAGUGCGCACCCGGACUGACUGAAGAGCGUCCUCCGCCGCACCGCUCCAACACACAAGCAGUGAGAAGCAGUCGAAGAGAUCUCUCUCACACACACCAUGAGCGACACUGCCCAGCCUAGAUGAGACGUCCGCCGUUGGGCUUCUGACCCAGCCUUUUGCUGGUCAAAAGGAAGCAAGUGCAUGCGUCUGGCGCCCGGCCGUGAAGAACAUCCAGCGGUCUCCUGCCUCGGCCGUUCGAGUCGUUGUCUUGUGGCCAUACUUGUACCACUCUUUUUGCCACGAUGGUACUGAGCAAGGUGAAGGCCUUUGCGAUUUACUUUGACAAUCUGAACGAGCACAAUCUGCCCGUGUUCUCUGGCGGAGACCAGAUCUCAGGGAGGGUAGUGGUGGAGGUCACCGAGGAGGUGCGCGUCAGGAGCCUCAACAUCCACGCCAGAGGAGUAGCCAAGGUGCGAUGGACAGAGUCGCGGAACACUGGGGCCAACACGGCCUACACUCAAAAUUACACUGAGGAAGUGGAGUACUUAAACCAUUACGACAACUUGAUAGGCGAGGAGAGAGAUGACGAGAGCCCGGAUGAGGGAUUCACCGUUCUCUGCACGGGCGUGCACGAAUUUGCCUUCAGCUUGAACCUGCCUCAGAUGCCCCUGGCCACCUCCUUUGAGGGGAAGCACGGCAGUGUGAGGUACUGGGUUAAGGCCGAGCUACAGCGCCCCUGGCUGCUUCCCGUAAAGGUGAAGAAGGAGUUCAUCGUUUUCGAGCACAUCGACAUCAACACGCCGCUGCUGCUGGCCCCUCAAGCCGGGACCAAGGAGAAGACCCUGUGCUGCUGGUUCUGUGCCUCCGGUCCGAUCUCCAUCAGUGCCAAGAUAGAGCGGAAGGGCUACACACCAGGCGAGUCCAUUCAGAUCUUCGCCGAGGUGGAGAACUGCUCGUCGCGCGUGGUCGUGCCCAAGGCGGCCCUUUACCAGACCCAGACCUUCUACGCCAAGGGGAAGGGCAAGCAGAUCCAGCAGCUGGUGUCCAACCUCCGCGGAGACCCCCUGGCCCAGGGCAAGAGCCAGAGCUGGGAGGGCAAGUCACUGAAGAUCCCGCCCGUAUCUCCCUCCAUCAUCGACUGUCCCAUCAUCAGGGUGGAGUACGCGCUGGUGGUCUAUGUAGAUGUCCCGGGGGGGUUGAACCUGAACCUGUCGUUGCCCUUGGUGAUCGGGACGAUCCCGCUCCACGCCUGCUCCAGCAGAACCUCAAGCAUUAGCAGCCAGACCAGCAACCUGAGGUGGAGUCUCCAGGAGAGACCUGAAGCCCCUCCAGACUACAGCGACCUGGCCGUGUCAGAGGAGCACAGGCGGGACUGCCUGCAGGGCUCUGAUUGGUCCCCACCCCCGGAGGAGGCGGAGGGGUCCCUGCAGGCGUACAUCACUGAGUUCAGAUACCUACCCCCCCCACUCUACUCAGAGGUCGACCCUUACCCGGACCCCGUGGAGGGUCCCAGAGGAGCUGAAGACGCAGGCCGCUGGGACAGCUGUCCGUCUCGCUGAGGACGACGAAACCCAGACCCUGCUGUCUUACCGACGGCUGGCGUCAACCGGGACCUCCCCUGUCCAGCCUCUCCGUCAACACACGCAGUCGCAGCAUUAACGCUUAGCUACCGCAAGAAACGGCAGCGUGAGAGAGAGUGUGAAACCGGCCGGCCAUGGUUCCAUCUGUGUACGUCUGGGGGCUCAGGGGAUUGCUGCUCCAAGCUCGACUUGGCUAUAGUCUCCGCAUUGUAAGGGGCUAACUAAUUAUUCUCCUCCCUCGUCUUUUUUUUACCAUCUUUAAAAAGCGAACGCCUCUAAAGGAUGAACAAAGAAGCAGGCGUGACAGUGGACAGGAUCCAAUGUUUUUUUCUAGCCUCAAAAUGAGUUUUUGCACACGCUUUUCUUACCGUUUUUUCUAUUGGGUGUUUUUUUUGUAUAGCGCAGGGUUACCACAGGCCUUUACGCUACAUUCUGUCCACUGCAGCGUUCAUAAGUGUUGUUGUGGUUUUCGGGCUACUAGCUCAAGCUCAAGAUUUUCCACGAUGGCCAUCUGUCACAACUGUUAACGUCCAAUCCGUCUUCCUGUGAAGGGAGGGGGAGAGAAGGAAGAAGGAAUAUCUUCACUUCGAUGGAAGAUGUUCCUCAAUGUCAGUUCCUUAAGUGCUUACGUUCAACUCAAACUCCACACACACACUUCCAGGGCAUGAGUGUAUUGUGUGAAUGUGUGCGUGUCUGUGUGUGGGUGUCUGUGUGUGUGUGUGUGUGUGUGUGUGCGUGUGUCUAUGCGUGUAUGAGGGUGUCCGUGAUGAAUGUAUGUUUGUAGCAGUUUAAGAGGUGUGUAGACAUAAAUGCGGACCCAUGUUUUAUAUCCGAAAGUACAUCUAUGACCAACUCAUCACAUUUUUCUCAGAGACGUUUUGGUAUGUGUUCAUUGCUAUGACAGCCACUGGCAUAACAAAACGUAAAGCAACUUAUGAAGCUACCUGCCCAAAAAAGAAAGCAUAAAGUUGAGAUUUCAUGUUUACAGAGAAACCUUUAUGGGGAAUGUUUUUCAAAAAGUACUUCCUUACUCCUUCCUCCUAACUUAAACAUAUAAAAAGUGCAAUAUAUUUUUUUAUUUGUACUGUUUUGCACUAGUUUUCAUACAAUUUUAUUUGAUGUUUUUAUUUUAUUUUUUGGUUUUUGCAUUACACAUUGUUGCUAUUAUCCGAAUAUUGUCAUGAUCUACUUUUUAACAAAAUAAAUUGUUUAUUUUAUGAAACAUUCUA